UUGUCGCAAACAAGUGCAAGGUGUUGAAUAUCACGUGGUCUCCGAGUUGAUGGACGUAAAGCUGAUACACAAGCUGGCACUCGGCUCAAACGCAGCUAACAUGGCGAUCAGCGUUUCAAUUUUUUGCGUAUGUAUGGCUGUCGUUUCGGUAACAUCAGCCAUGAGCGUCACCACUGUGUCACCGUUCCUUUGUCAAAACAGUACUGAAUGUAGCGCUCAUCAGUGUUGCUCCAAGAUUCCAAGCAUUAUGGCCGUCAGCAAACGACAGUUAGGUCCUCUUCCGGAUCUCCAGUUUUUCGUUAGCUCUUCUUGUAAACCUUAUAUACCAACAAACGGAUCCUGUGUGAACGUGAUAUCAGUCAAUGGUGACUGCGGCUGCGCACCAGACCAUAUCUGCAAAUACUUCCCGGAGUUAAAUGGACCGUUCCUCCAUCCAGGAAAACGUGACUUUUUCCCAGGAAAUCCAUUGGCAUUUCGGUGUGUUCCAAAAGCUGCUUGACCAAACAAUAAAACAAUUGAUUAAUCAA